CGCUCCGUGGCUGCACCGCCAGCGUUCCGGGCUGUCUGCGCUCCCACGGCGGGAGCUGCGGCGGGCGGUGAUCCGAACUCUCCCCUAUUCGAUUCCCGGGGAGCCCCCGGGCACUGAGCGGGCUGCCGGUGGGUGCUGCCGCCGCCCUUGGUGCGGCGCAGCGUCUGGCCCCGCCGCCGCGCUGGGCUGGGGCGUGAGGCAAUGGCCUGGGGCCGAGGGGUUUGUCAGCCCGGCCUGCUGAUCUGUGCUCUCUCUUCCUGUCCGCUUUCCUCUCUCGCUGUCUUCUCUCCCCUGCCCCUCUGUUUUUCCCCUUUUAAGAAACUUUAGCACAGAGAAGUUUCGCUUCAUUUUGGCCCGCAGGUUGCUGUUGUUUGAUGGUACGUUGUUCUGUUGUCUUUUUCCCUGUCAGGUAGGGAUUUUAGUGGAGACCGUGAUCUGUCGCGAUGAGUUUUCUGCUGCCCAAACUGACCUGUAAGAGGGAAGUGGAUCAGGCAAUAAAAAGCGUCGCUGAGAAGGUUUUGGUUCUCCGUUUUGGAAGAGAUAAUGACUCUGUCUGUCUGGAGCUCGAUGAUAUUCUUGCAAAAACAGCUCAUGACUUAAGUAAAAUGGCAGUCAUUUACCUGGUGGAUGUGAACAACGUCCCAGUGUACACCCAGUAUUUUGACAUCAGUUAUAUUCCAUCUACUGUAUUUUUCUUCAACGGACAACACAUGAAGGUUGAUUAUGGGUCUCCAGAUCACACCAAGUUUGUAGGAAGCUUCAAAACAAAGCAGGACUUUAUAGAUCUGAUUGAAGUGAUCUACCGAGGAGCAAUGCGGGGAAAACUCAUUGUGAGAAGUCCUAUUGAUCCCAAUAACAUUCCUAAAUACGACCUUCUCUACCAAGGAAUUUAACGGGUUGACCUGAGAUAAGAAUUACACAAAUGGACGAUGUUGUAGACCCUUUUUUCCUUUGAGUACUUUUGGCUUCCUCUGACAUUGUGGGACAGUUUGAGCAUUUAUCCUGAAGGAUCAUAUUGGUCUCCUUCUGAAGACAGAUAUUCUGUCACCUCAUGCUUCUGUCGUAAAUAAAGUUUCAUGUU